CUCUGUCUAUACUCUCUACACUAAUCUAAUCCUUCCCAUUUUCAAACCCUCUUAACUUUAAUUAUUCCCUCUCUAUUAUCACAAUUAUGAUGCCUCUCAUAUAAUUAUAAACACAAACCCAUUUCACAUAAUCAUUCCCUCACUCACCCCAUUAACAAAAAGAGAAAAAGAAUAGGAACGAAAGAAGAAAGAAAAAAAAUGCUUCACUCUCUCUAUCCCUCAUCUCAAAUUGAGAUAGAGAAAGACAACAUAGUGACUUUCUAGAGUGAGAGAAAUCCGUUAUAUUCUGUUUUAUUUUUAUUUUCUUAUAUUAAAAAAAAAACACUCAUUGCAUACACAUUAUACUAGUCUUCCCGCCCAAGGAGGCCCAAAACGAAGAGAAAGACAAAGACUAAUGAGGAAGAUUAAGCUGACUUAUCAUCGCAUGGCCUUCUUUGCCUCAUCCUUAGCUUUUCUUACACUCAUCUUUGCUCAACUCGCUCUUUCUUCUCCGACCACCAACAAUGACACCGAUGCGCUCACCAGCUUUCGGUACCAGACCGACACCCACGGUGGCCUCCACUCCAACUGGACAGGCCCCGACGCCUGUGCCGCCUUCUGGACCGGCGUGCGAUGCUCUCCUACGGGCCGAGUCUUUGCCCUCUCGCUCCCUUCACUCAAUCUCCGAGGCCCUCUUGACCAUCUCUCUUCGCUCGAUCAGCUCCGGCUCCUUGACCUCCAUGACAACCGGUUAAACGGCACCGUUAUGCCUCUGACUAAUUGCACCAACCUCAAACUCCUCUACCUCGCCGGGAAUGACCUUUCCGGAGAAAUCCCACCUGGGAUUUCGUCACUCCGGAGACUUCUCCGUCUCGACCUUUCUGACAACAACAUCCGCGGCAUCAUUCCCGAGGGUCUCUCCCAUUUGACACGGCUCCUGACGCUUCGACUCCAGGACAAUAUGCUCUCCGGUAAGGUUCCGAAUCUCUCUACAUCGCUUCUCAACCUUAACGAACUCAACUUGACCAACAACGAGCUGUAUGGACGGUUGCCGGACGAGAUGUUGAAGAAGUUCGGGGAAGAAAGUGUUUCCGGGAACGAAGGGCUAUGUGGGUCGAGCCCAUUACCGGCUUGUUCUUUUACAGAGAACCCAUCUUCUCCUGUCCCGUCGGAUCAAACCGUACCGUCGAAUCCAAGCUCGUUGCCUCAAACAACCGUUAGUGACGAACCAAAGAAGGAGCCGCGAAAAGGGUUGAGCCCUGGCGCUAUAGUGGCGAUAGUGAUAGCGAAUUGCGUGGCUUUGUUGGUGAUAAUAUCGUUCGUCGUGGCUCAUUAUUGCGCCAAAGAGCGGAACUCAAGUUCCAUGGCCGGUAGUGAGAGUGGGAAGAGAAGGAAAAGUGGAAGCAGCUAUGGCUCUGAGAAGAAGGUCUACGCCAAUGGCGGUGCUGAUAGUGAUGGUACUACUGGUACGGAUCGAAGCAAGCUCGUCUUUUUUGACAGAAAGAAGCAAUUCGAGCUCGAGGAUUUGCUCCGAGCUUCGGCCGAGAUGUUGGGGAAGGGGAGCUUGGGAACUGUUUAUAGGGCGGUGCUAGACGAUGGGUGUACGGUCGCCGUCAAGAGGCUUAAGGACGCGAACCCAUGUGGGAGGAAAGAGUUCGAGCAAUAUAUGGACGUUAUCGGAAAGCUUAAGCACCCAAAUGUGGUCAAACUAAGAGCUUACUAUUAUGCCAAAGAGGAGAAGCUUCUGGUCUAUGAUUACCAACCCAACGGGAGCUUGCACCAUCUCCUCCACGGGAACCGAGGUCCGGGAAGAAUUCCAUUGGAUUGGACAACAAGGAUCAGCUUGGUGUUAGGAGCGGCUAGGGGACUUGCUCGGAUCCACGAGGAGUAUGGCUCUGCAAAAAUACCCCACGGCAAUGUGAAAUCUUCGAAUGUAUUACUCGACAAAAAUGGCGUCGCUUGCAUCUCCGAUUUCGGGUUGUCUCUGCUUCUCAACCCAGUUCAUGCCAUAGCCAGAUUGGGAGGUUACAAAGCUCCAGAACAAACUGAAGUCAAGAGACUAUCUCAGAAAGCUGAUGUGUACAGCUUCGGUGUCUUGCUUUUGGAAGUUCUAACCGGAAGAGCUCCGUCGCAGUACCCUUCUCCGGCGAGCACUCGGGCUCCUCGCGUCGAGGAAGAAGAGCAGGCUUUGGACCUCCCAAAAUGGGUUCGAUCAGUUGUGAAGGAAGAGUGGACAGGUGAAGUGUUCGAUCAUGAGCUUCUGAGGUACAAAAACAUAGAGGAAGAGCUUGUGUCAAUGCUUCAUGUGGGGUUAGCUUGUGUGGCUCCACAACCUGAGAAGAGGCCUUCAAUGGCGGAAGUGACUAAGAUGAUUGAAGAUAUCAGAGUGGAACAGUCUCCUCUGGGAGAAGACUAUGAUGAGUCAAGGAGUUCUCUUUCACCAUCUCUGGCUACCACUGAAGAUGGACUUGGUCUUGGGCUGCCUUGAUUAGCUUCAAGAAUUAACAACAUUGUCUCCAAUGGUAAUGGUUGGUUGUUUCAAUCUUCUUCCUCUGUUUCAUUUGCAUUAUCUCGCUGCGAAAUUGGUCUCUUCUCAGAGAAAUCCAUGGUUGUCUAGUAACGAUCUGUGUAAUAAUCUCUAUUUUUUAUGUUCACUGUUGGAGAGGGGUGAGAUUAUUGUUCUCAUCACUUAACAACAAGAUAGUUUUUUUUUUGGUUAAUUUUUUUAGUAGGUUUAUAUUUAUGUAAUGUAGCUUUGUUCAUUUUGUAUUUGUUUAUUAUAUAUUAUUAUAACCCAUCUUCAAAGCUAAACAAAAGGGUACCUUAAUGUUGUCUACUAGAUUGGGAACUAAAAAGGGAAUGUCAUGAAAACAAUUGAUCCAACUAAUGUAAACAAAUGUUGUUAA